AUGCCUAUGCUCCAGGAUCCCUCGAAGAAGUACAAAAAGUUUGUACCUCUUCAGCUGCCCAACCGCCAAUGGCCGUCCAAGACCCUCGACAAGCCGCCGCGAUGGCUGGCAACCGACCUGAGAGACGGUAACCAGAGUCUGGUCGACCCCAUGAACGGCGAGGAGAAAUGGAGGUUUUUCAAGAUGCUGGUGGACCUCGGCUACAAGGAGAUUGAGGUUUCGUUUCCUUCGGCUUCGCAAACCGACUUUGACUUUACAAGACGCUUGAUCGAGACCCCCGGUGUCGUACCCGACGACGUCGCAAUCCAGGUCCUCUCCCCGUGCCGGGAGGAUUUUAUCCGCCGAACCGUUGACUCCCUCAAGGGUGCCAAGAAGGCCAUUCUUCACAUCUACCUGGCCACGAGCGAAUGUUUCCGUCGCAUCAUCUUUGGCUUCACCGAGGAGGAGAGCAUUGAUUUGGCAGUCAAGUGCACCAAGUACGCCAGAUCCAUCACAAAGGACGAUCCGUCGCAAGCUGGCACCGAAUGGAGUUUCGAAUUCAGCCCCGAGACUUUCUCGGACACCAGCCCCGAGUUCGCCAUUCGGAUAUGCGAGGCCGUCAAGGCUGCCUGGGAGCCAACAAAGGAGAACCCCAUCAUCUUCAACCUCCCCGCGACAGUCGAGAUGUCCACGCCCAACGUUUACGCCGAUCAGAUCGAGUUCUUCUGCACAGGAAUUACCGAGCGGGAGAAGGUCUGUGUCUCUCUGCACCCGCACAACGACCGCGGAUGCGCCGUUGCUGCCGCCGAACUGGCUCAGAUGGCUGGUGCCGAUCGUGUAGAAGGUUGUCUCUUCGGAAACGGUGAGCGCACCGGUAAUGUCGACCUGGUCACUCUUGCAUUGAACUUGUACACGCAAGGAAUUCACCCCAAUGUCGACUUCUCCGACAUGGGCCGUGUAAUUGACACGGUAGAGCUUUGCAACAAGAUCCCUAUCCACCCGCGUGCGCCCUACGGAGGUUCCCUUGUCGUAUGUGCCUUCAGUGGCUCUCACCAAGACGCCAUCAAGAAGGGCUUCAACGUGCGCAAGCAAAAGGGAGGUGAUGCGGCCGGCCACUGGGAGGUUCCAUAUCUUCCUCUCGAUCCCCAGGAUAUUGGCCGUACCUACGAAGCAGUUAUUCGUGUCAACUCGCAGAGUGGAAAGGGUGGUAGCGCCUGGAUCAUCCUCCGCAAGCUUGAGCUUGACCUCCCUCGUGGCUUGCAAGUAGCCUUCAGCAGGGUCGUCCAAAAGCGCGCCGACGAGCUUGGCAGAGAGCUCUUGUCCGAUGAGAUCACGAAUCUCUUUGAGGAGACUUAUUUCUUGAAGGACCACCCCCGCUUCAACAUUAUUGAUUACUCCAUUUCCGUCGACAGAUCUGCCUCGCCAGCUCCUCCAGCAGAGGGCAAGACGCAAGACACCAAGAACCUCGGUCGUGUCUUUGAAGGUGUGAUCUCCAUUGAUGGUCAUGAGUACAAGCUCCGCGGCCGUGGUAACGGACCCAUCUCCUCUUUGGCCAAUGCCCUCAAAGGUAUUGGAAUCGACUUGGACGUGGCCGAUUACAAGGAGCACGCCAUUGGCGAGGGUCGUGAUGUCAAGGCUGCUACCUACAUUGAGUGUACCGCAUCCGGCACUCCUCAAAAGGUCUGGGGUGUUGGUAUCCACGAGGAUGUUGUCCAAAGCUCUCUGGUUGCCCUUUUGAGUGCAGCAAGCAACUUCGUCCUGAGCCGGCCAGGAAGCCCGAUUGCCUCAAAGACUGCGCCGCGCCGUACUCUCAGCCGCGAGCUGGACCUCGACGGCGGUAUCCAGGCACCUCAUGCGACGAAUGGCACAAAUGGCACAAAUGGUACCCCAUCUGAGGUUGUCAACGGCCUUGAGGCCAAGACCAAUGGCUUGUAA